AUGUCCGCCCGGGCGACACUCAAGGAUUUGAAGACCAAGAUGUGCCUUGGCGACAUUGCAAAAUUACAACUACUGCAUAUACUUGUGACCCUGGAUGGGAGGGCGUUACUAAAUUCGAUACAUGCCCACCUCCUUAUUAUCGUGUCGAUACAAGAAAGGUUAUUCCGGGGAAAUCAAACUCAGAGAGAUGGGAUUAGAUGGUAUAAUGCCAUCGUGUAG